AGACUCGCCAGCAAGAUGCUGAAGGUGAAUCGGCUGGAAGAAAUAAACGCGCGGCGCAGCAGCAAUUGCAUGGAGGAAAUGGCCUUUUUUCAGCGUAUGGGAAAGGUAGAGAAAGUGAAGUGUUUUCUGGAAGAAAAUUCUAGCCAACAGGAUUCAAGAUCUGGAAGGAAUGAGGCUAAGAAGAAGGGGUCAUCACACUCAGACAUGAAGGCUACAACACCUGUCAAGCAUGAGAGAACAUCAGCCCUCACAGGGGACAUCCCAGCUCCUCCGGCUCCAUUUGAUCACCGUAUUGUGAUCGCCAGACAAGCUGCAGUCAACAGCUUUUAUACUGUGAACAGAGCAGAAAUUUUAGGAGGGGGACGUUUUGGCCAGGUGCACAAGUGUGAAGAGAAAGCAACAGGCCUGAAACUGGCAGCUAAAAUCAUCAAAACUAGAGGCAUGAAGGAUAAGGACGAAGUGAAGAAUGAAAUCAGCGUCAUGAACCAGCUGGAUCACGUGAAUCUCAUUCAACUCUAUGACGCCUUUGAGUCCAAGGAUGACAUCGUUCUGGUUAUGGAAUAUGUGGAUGGGGGGGAGCUGUUUGACCGCAUCAUUGAUGAGAACUGCAAUUUGACUGAGUUUGAUACCAUCCUGUUCAUCAAGCAGAUAUGUGAGGGGAUAAGGCACAUGCAUCAGAUGUACAUUCUCCAUUUGGAUCUGAAGCCCGAGAAUAUCCUGUGUGUGAAUCGGGAUACUAAACAAAUAAAAAUCAUUGAUUUUGGAUUGGCCAGAAGAUAUAAACCCAGGGAGAAACUGAAGGUGAACUUUGGAACCCCGGAAUUUCUCGCGCCUGAGGUCGUGAACUAUGAUUUCGUUUCCUUCCCUACAGACAUGUGGAGUGUAGGCGUGAUCACCUAUAUGCUACUGAGUGGCUUGUCCCCUUUCCUGGGUGAUAACGAUGCUGAGACGCUGAACAACAUCCUUGCCUGCAGGUGGGACUUAGAAGAUGAAGAAUUUCAGGAUAUUUCAGAGGAGGCCAGGGAGUUUAUCUCCAAGCUCCUGAUUAAGGAGAAGAGUUGGAGAAUAAGUUCAAGUGAAGCUCUAAAGCAUCCCUGGCUGUCAGACCGCAAGCUCCACUCCAGACUCAAUGCGCAGAAGAAGAAGAAUUACUGCUCUGAUGCUCAGGACCGUGGAACCAAAUAGUCUACAGAAGGGAUCCCACUGAAAGGAAAACUGCUGUGGUUGCUGCUGCUUUGAGAAGAUUUUUGGAAAAAUCAGCAGUUCUGCUGCCUGUCAGGGAGUGGGCCCUGGCCACUUCUUGACCCGCAAAGCACCCAUUGCAAGGGAGCUGCCUCUUGUCCCGCGGCGCCUGGAGGGAGCCAGGCCUGCAGCUCCCAGGGUACCAGGACACAGCCCUGCACCCCUCACCUCACCUCCCUACAUCCCGGAUGGGGGUUCACGCUUGGGAAGAUGCUUUCCUGACUUUUUAAUUUCUUAAAUAUUUUAAAAUUUUUUUAUCUUACUUGCUGGGGGAGGGGAUACAUUAUGUCUAUCAUAUCUUGGUGCACAACAGAAACCAUGCUUGAGAUUUAUUUGAGAUUUUGAAAUCUGUGCCUGCAUUUUAGAGGGAGGAAACCGCCUCUAACCAUUAAAUCCCCAGAAACAAUUCUAAGCCUGGAACA